AAACACACAUCCUGGAACAGAAGAAAGAAGAUUUUUGUAUUGACUUUCAGUUUCAUCAGAAUUCUCAAAAAACCACAGAAUUUUUCAUCCAGGCAGAAGCUGAAGCACUGAAACUUUCAGGUUGUCCAGUAACCAGUCAAGCAAGAGGAGCUCAAAGUGAUUGUAAUUCCAGUCCUGAAGAAUCAAGCACCGUAGAAAGAAAGGCUAACAGGAUGCCCUUUGAAUUUAUAUCCUCAUGGAAGCCUGCUGCAGAUUUAGGUGGAAAGACAGAAGCUGCAUUCCUUUUGAAAGAAUUGGACACUCUGAGGGCCAAAAAUAAAAAGCUUCAAGAUAAGCUGUCUGAAAAGGACAAGGAGCUGAAGACAAUAAAACUGGACUUAGAACUGCAAGAGAGAGCUACAGAAGCUAAGAUUGCAGAAAAGAUUGCAGCUCUGGUGGAAGAAGUUUAUUCUGCUCAACGGGAACGUGACGAGGCUGUCAUGGCAAGGCUUAGGUUAGCCAAUGAAGAGCGAGAUGAAGCAUUUCUACGAGUCCAGCGCUUAGAAGAGUCUCUCAAAGAGCUAGAAAAUAUUAACCCUGAAGAAAAUGACAUGACAUUACAGGAAUUACUGAACAGAAUAAACAAUGCAGACACAGGGACAGAUAUACUGAAGAAUGGAGCUAUAAUUCUGAAUCGAAUACACAGGACCAAAGAACAUAAAAAGAAAAUAAUAGCUGAGGAAAUGAAUGCAGUAAUAGAACAACGGGAUGCUGCUUUGUCUGAA